GGGGCUGGAAGGAAAUGAAUUUCGAAGCAGCACCUUUCACCACCUUGCCAUACUACCCUGAUCCCUGCAUCCAGCGGUUUGUAGAAACUCCGAGCCCCUUCUCCUGGAAGGAGAGUUAUUACCGCUCAGCCAUGUCCCAGAGCUCUCAGCCCAGGGAAUUCCUCAGCCCAGAAGUGAUCCAGCAUAUCUGGGACUUCCUGGAACAGCCAAUAUGCUCAGUUCAGCCAAUUGACUUAAACUUCAUCGAUGGCCCUUCUGAAGAUGGCUCCACAAACAAAAUUGAGAUCAGCAUGGAUUGUGUCCGGGUGCAGGACACCGAGCUCAAUGACCCAAUGUGGCCGCAGUACACGAACUUGGGGCUCCUGAACAGCAUGGACCAGCAGAUCCAGAAUGGCUCUUCCUCCACCAGCCCUUACAACACGGAGCACGCGCAGAACAGCGUCACGGCGCCCUCGCCCUACGCCCAGCCCAGCUCCACUUUUGACGCCCUCUCUCCCUCCCCAGCCAUCCCUUCCAACACAGACUACCCAGGACCUCACAGCUUCGAUGUAUCAUUUCAACAGUCCAGCACAGCCAAGUCAGCCACGUGGACGUAUUCCACCGAACUGAAAAAGCUGUACUGCCAGAUCGCCAAGACAUGUCCCAUCCAGAUCAAAGUGAUGACCCCACCACCUCAGGGAGCUGUCAUCAGGGCUAUGCCAGUCUACAAGAAAGCUGAGCACGUCACUGAAGUGGUCAAACGCUGCCCGAACCACGAGCUGAGCCGGGAGUUCAACGAGGGACAGAUUGCACCUCCCAGCCACCUGAUCAGAGUAGAAGGGAACAGCCAUGCCCAGUAUGUAGAAGACCCCAUCACUGGGAGGCAGAGUGUGCUGGUCCCCUACGAGCCACCCCAGGUCGGUACUGAGUUCACUACAGUCCUGUACAACUUCAUGUGCAACAGCAGCUGCGUUGGAGGGAUGAACCGCCGCCCCAUCCUUAUCAUCGUGACCCUGGAAACCAGAGACGGGCAGGUGCUGGGGCGCCGGUGUUUCGAGGCCCGCAUUUGUGCUUGCCCGGGCAGGGACCGCAAGGCGGACGAGGACAGCAUCCGCAAGCAGCAGGUGUCCGACAGCACAAAGAACGGUGACGGUACGAAGCGCCCCUUUCGACAAGGAACUCAUGGCAUACAGAUGACAUCUAUCAAAAAAAGACGUUCCCCAGAUGAUGAGCUCUUGUACUUGCCAGUGAGGGGACGGGAGACGUACGAGAUGCUCCUGAAGAUCAAGGAGUCGCUGGAGCUGAUGCAGUACCUGCCCCAGCACACGAUUGAGACCUACCGGCAGCAGCAGCAGCAGCAGCACCAGCACCUGCUCCAGAAGCAGACCUCCAUGCAGUCGCAGUCCUCCUAUGGCUCCAACUCUCCACCGCUCAGCAAAAUGAACAGCAUGAACAAGCUGCCCUCGGUCAGCCAGCUCAUCAACCCCCAGCAGCGCAACGCCCUGACCCCAACCACCAUCCCCGACAGCAUGGGAACCAACAUUCCCAUGAUGGGCACCCACAUGGCCAUGACCGGGGACAUGAAUGGCCUCAGCCCCACGCAGGCGCUGCCUCCUCCCCUCUCCAUGCCUUCAACGUCCCACUGCACCCCCCCUCCUCCAUACCCCUCAGACUGCAGCAUCGUCAGCUUCUUAGCGAGGUUGGGCUGCUCAUCCUGUGUGGAUUAUUUCACGACCCAGGGGCUGACCACCAUCUAUCAGAUUGAGCAUUACUCCAUGGAUGAUCUGGUGAGCCUCAAGAUCCCGGAGCAGUUCCGCCACGCCAUCUGGAAGGGCAUCCUGGACCACCGGCAGCUCCAUGAGUUCUCCCCGCCGCACCUGCUGCGCACGCCGAGCGGCGCCUCCACGGUGAGCGUGGGCUCGGGCGAGACGCGCGGCGAGCGGGUCAUCGACGCGGUGCGCUUCACGCUGCGCCAGACCAUCUCCUUCCCGCCCCGCGACGACUGGAACGACUUCAACUUCGACAUGGACGCCCGGCGCAACAAACAGCAGCGCAUCAAAGAGGAGGGCGAGUGAGAGCCGCGGUGCCCCCCCCGCCCCGCCCCGGCCACGAACUGCUCAGCCCCUUGGUUUGUCUUCCUGCUGCUUGUACCGCACCCCCGGGCGGAGGGACCUUCCUGCUCGCUCCU